AGUAAAAAAACUAGAAAACACACGACUUCGAAGUUUCGCGAAAAAGUAAACAAAAAAAAAAACAAAUUAGUGCAAUAAAAAGAUAACUAUCUAAAUACCUAAUAGCGUCUGUGCGACAUUCGAAAAGUGCGCGUGUUUGACUGAGAAGUGAAAAAAAAAAAAAAAAAAAAAAAUCCUUUACGAAAAAACCAAAAAGAAAACCUUAAUUUUGCACAUUUUUUAUAUUCUUUCGUUCGGUUCGUAAUUUUAAUUUUAGACCCCAUUUUCUACCAACCCAACUAUAAUCUAUUUAGCCAAUAAACAAACAAAAAAUUUUUAAAUAAUGGACUCUCAGCCUCCGCCUCCGCAACCGACCGCAAUGCCCACCCCAGCGGAGGCACAACCUGCCCCCAGUAACCCCAACACCAGUAUAGGUGCCGCGGCAGCCAGUGUGAACUAUGUAACCACAACGGCCACAUCCUCGGUGGCCGCACAAACGGCGACUUCAACGAACUCAGUGCCGACCUCGGUGGCGAAUGUGGUAACCAUACCAGUGCCGAUCGUUCAAAACGAGGAGAACUAUACAUAUGUAACAGUGAAAGGUUCCUUGCACGAUCGCUCAUGCGCUGUUUUUGGGCUCAACGAUACGGAAAUCCAAGCGCUAUCGAAGCGUUUCGGUAAUGGCUUGAAGGGUGCCGUAAAUGGUGUAAUGGUAACAAUUACACCGAUGGAUAUGGUGAACACGUUAGCACAGUUGGGUUAUAAAGUCGUUUGUAGUUGCGGCGAGGCGGAGAUCAGUUGGACUAUGCAACGCGAGAUUUAAAUAUCACUUUGAAAGACAAAAGCAGAACUUCUAAAGUUAAAUACUUUUGGAAAUUGCAAAUUUUAUUGUUAACAAAAAAAAUAUAAUCGUUGCGGUAUACUUAUAUUCAAAUGUAGUUAUGAAAAAGCUUUGUUGAGAAAAAAAAAAGUAAUCAAAAAAUAUGUAGAAAAUUGAGCAAAUAUUAUUACCAAAUACAUAUGUAUGCAUAAAACUAAAAGCUUAAGAAAAUUGUAAGAAUAUUAUUUUUCUU